UGGGCGUUUUUCACGUGGAACCAAAAUCAACAACGGGUGAUCGCGUGUUGGUCUUACUAGAUAAGGAGGAUGACAAAGCAUUAUACAGUAAAUUUUUCAACUCUCUAGAAGAACGGGAGUAUAAACUAACAUACAAGCUGCCUACAGACUCUAAUGUGGAAUUAUUUUCUUAUGGAGAACGAGCAUAUGACCACGUUAUCAAUUUUGCACCAAAGACAAAAAAUUAUAAGGAUAAGGUAAACCCCCUUUCUCUUCUCAACUUCGUAAACAAUGGAGGCAAUAUACUUCUAGGAGCUUCAUCAGAACUUUCUGAAACGAUCCGUGAUUUUGCCCGAGAAUUUGAUAUCGAUUUUGAUGAUCUAGACACUUCCGUAAUAGAUCAUUUCAAUUAUGAUAAGUCUGACGAUGGGAAACAUACACUUAUAAUUGCGAAAGGCAUAACGAACAAUGAAGCUAUUUUAACCAAAAACGUGAUUGAAGGACCUCCAGUGCUUUUUAGGGGCAUAGCACACAAAGUUGGGACAGUACCAUUACUGACUAAGAUAUUAUGGGCCGGCGAAACCGCUUAUUCAUAUGAAACUAAAGCGGAUCAACAAGUAGACCAAGAACCAUUAGUUGUGGGAAGUAAAGCUAUGCUUGUAUCAGCUUUACAAGCAAGAAAUAAUGCAAGGAUUACAUUUGUUGGAAGCACAGAGUUGUUCAGUGAUAGAUUUUUCGAUUCACCCAUCCAAAAGACUAAUUCUGCAGAAUCAUUUACCAAGUCGGGUAAUGAGGAUUUUGUCAAAGAUUUGACAAAAUGGACUUUUCAAGAGAAAGGAGUUCUCAAGGUCACUUCUAGGAAUCAUCAUAAAGAAAACGAAACGGAGGAAUUAGAAGUCUAUCGUAUUAAGGAUAACAUUGUCUAUACUAUUGAAAUUUCCGAAUAUGCGAAUGAUCAUUGGCAAGCUUUUAAUGGCACCGAUGUGCAAUUUGAAGCCAUAAUGUUGGAUCCCUACAUUCGAAAAACUCUUACGCCAUUGCCCAUAUUACCAGAACAACAAGCACGAAAAUAUAAAGCGCACAUUCAAUUACCAGAUGUUUAUGGUGUAUUCACUUUUAAGGUCAAUUACAAACGAUCUGGCUAUUCAUACAUUGAGGAUUCGAGUGUUGUAGCAAUUAGACCCUUUAGACAUAAUGAAUAUCCGAGAUAUAUAUCUGCUGCAUAUCCUUAUUAUACAGGAGCUGCAUCAAUGAUAGUUGGUUUCUUAUUAUUCUCAGUUAUCUGGUUUUUCAAUAAGGAAAAUUCAAAGAGAGUAAAAAAGAAGAUGAGCUAG